AUGGGAGCUAUUGUCAGCCGUCUGCGGAGCGUGCCCGCACCUGCCUCAAGGCUCCAACAGAGCGAAACCAGCAGCGUCUACCGUAGUGGUGGUAAUGGUGGUAAUGGUGGUGGUGGUGGUGGUGCUCCGUCAGCAACCGAAAUAACGAACCCGACAACAGACACACCAGGGAAGCAGCGUUGGCGGGUUCGCACCCCGCCAGAGCGAGCGGCGUUCGUUCACCAUAUCCUCGUCGACGAGGAGGCAGAGGCGAAACGGCUUUGUGAGCUUCUGCGUCAGCAGGCCGCUCAAGGCGACAACGCGCUUCGAGAGCGCUUCGAAAGUCUGGCUUAUCAGUAUUCGCGAUGCUCAUCUCGUGACCGAGGAGGAACACUGGGCUGGAUCCGUCCUCGAGAAACAACAGCGCUGUUUGACAAUGCCAUUUUCGAGACAAAGAAGCCUGCUGGGAGCAUUGACGUGGUUCAAAGCGAAUACGGCUGGCACGUAGUGUGGAUAGGACAGCGCCUGGAGCAGCAGGCGGCAACGCAGAGCAGUGCCAGUUCGGUACCGUCCACGACGCGCCCGUCCGAGACGCCAACUUCAGCCAGCAGCGUACCAGGUACUGAUUACCUGCGACAGAUUGAAAAACUCAGUGCUGCGCUGCAUGCUCGACCGAUGCCCAACGUUUUCCCGUCGCCAGAGGCGCUUGUCGCCCAGAGACGACCGCGACCUGAGGGGGCGCUCACCCAUGCGCAAGCCCUUAGCAUGUUGCUCGCGCAUUACCUGGAACCACAGACCUGGUCGGUGGAGGCAUUAGCGAAAGCGUUUCGAAUGGAGGAUGCAUCGAAGAGAGCGCUGAUGGCACGGGCGUUACGAGCGGUGCGGCCCUGGUUGGAAACGCAGACACCCGAAGGCCUGCGCAGGCAUCGGGAACUGUCGUAG